AUGUCCUGGGACUCCAAGACGGCCGUUCGAAGGCGUCAAAACAGCUCUGCCAGCUCCGCUCGAGCAUUGCCGCAUCAGACGAGACAACAGCCCACGCAGCCCAUACAGCCCAAGUCCUCACACGUAGCCGACCCUUUCCUCCAGAGCUUCCUAGCUCCGUCCUUCGAUCCCGCCCAAUAUCUCAACGCCUCGCUUCCGCCCCUCCAAACCUCCUCGACGACACGAUCCCAGGAUGGCUCGGUGCCUCUGGCAGACCUGUCUGCCCAGGCCCAGACACAGCUCUCCCAGUUGAACGUCCACACCACGAGGCUGACAAAUACCCUCACACAACUGACCGAUGAUAUACUGCGGAGUGGGAGCCGACUGGCCUACGAGGUGGAACUGUUGCGCGGCGAGACAUUGAGCCUCUCGGAAUCCCUGUCAGAAGGCUUGCACGAAGAGAUUGUCAAAUUCGUCCCAGAUGGGAUACAGGAGCAGACAGACGCGAAGCUUUCAGCUGCGCAACGACGUGCUCCGGGCGUUACACCGCCUGCGGAACUAGAUGCUGCACCUCAGGAUGGCAAUACGGCAGAUCCGCAGUUCAUAAGUCAGCUACAGACGCUCACCCUAGUGCGCUCACGGCUCGACUUGGUAGUCAAGACCUUUGGCGACGCCAUGGAGUUUGUGUUUCCGCCCUCCGAACUGUCGGUUAGCUCCUCGUUCUUGUCCGUGUCGGCACCAGACCCGGGGCCGGAAUCGCAUAGCACGGAAGAAAAGGGCCAGCAGGUUCUCAAGCAAUUCAGAGACGAGAUCUCGGACCUUCUCACGAAGGGCACUGAUCCAGUAGACGGCAUCGAGAAGGCAGCACGUCGUAUAGAAGAGCUGAAGGAGCUGACGACGGUGUGGAAAGGCACGGCAGAAGAGAAGGGGAGAACAAAGUUCAUCGACAACCUCGCCAAGAUAGUGGAGGAUCGGCACAAGGAUCUCAUGAAGGAGAUGGACCAGGGUGGACGACGGGAGGGCAGGGGAGAUACUGACGGUGGCCAUCGGAGAAGCGGCAGCAACUCGGAUACGAGCAGCACGGAGAGCAAACCCCUAUCUGGUUAUGGCCUGAUGAGCCAGCUGCAAAGGUUGCGGGCAGGCUUAUGA